AUGGCGAUAGAGAUGCCAAGAGGUUUACCAUUUUCGGUCGACACUUUUGGACCUUACACGACGACGAAGACAAAGAAGAGACAUCAUUUCUUGACUCAUGCUCACAAAGAUCACACCGUCGGGAUUUCUCCUUCCAAUAAUACCGUCUUCCCCAUUUACUCUACUUCCCUCACCAUCUCUCUUCUCCUCCAACGUCAACUUCACCUUGAUGAGUCUUUCUUCGUGAAGAUUGAAAUUGGACAGUCAGUGACUGUUGAUGAUGAUUCAGAUGGAGGAUUUAAGGUUACUGCUUUCGAUGCGAAUCAUUGUCCUGGGGCCGUCAUGUUCUUGUUUGAAGGAAGUUUCGGUAACAUACUUCACACUGGUGAUUGUAGGCUUACAUGGGAUUGCAUACAGAGUCUGCCUGAGAAUUAUGUGGGAAGAAGACAUGGCAAUGCGCCAAAUUGCUGUCUCGAUUACGUUUUCUUGGAUUGUACAUUCGGGAAAUCAACUCAGAGGUUCCCGACUAAGCAUUCAGCGAUUAGACAGAUCAUCAAUUGCAUAUGGAACCACCCAGAUGCACCGGUUGUCUAUCUUGCUUGUGAUAUGUUGGGCCAAGAGGAUAUUCUGUUAGAAGUUUCCAGAACGUUUGGCUCCAAGAUUUAUGUCGACAAAGCUACAAACUUCGAAUGUUUCAGAUCGUUAAUGGUUAUAGUUCCUGAAAUUGUCACUGAAGAUCCUUCUUCCCGGUUUCACAUAUUCAGUGGGUUCCCUAAGCUAUAUGAAAGAGCAAGUGCAAAACUUGCUGAGGCGAGAUCGAAACUUCAGAGUGAACCUCUUAUCAUCCGCCCUUCAGCUCAGUGGUAUGUUUGUGAUGAUGAAGAUUGUUUCGAAAGUGGAAGCCAAAUUCAAAAGCAGAGAAAAGUUAGGUUUAGUGAAGCUGUCAAGGAUGAGUUUGGUAUUUGGCAUGUGUGUUACUCCAUGCAUUCAUCCAAAGAAGAAUUGGAAUCAGCGAUGCAACUUCUUUCUCCGAAAUGGGUUGUAUCAACGGUUCCUUCUUGUCGAGCUAUGGAACUGAACUAUGUGAAGAAAAACUGUUUUAUCAGUCGGUUUUCUCCUGAUGAUCCUGUUUGGAAACUUCUAGACAUUGACAUGGAAGUUGCUCCAGCUACGCCAAGUGAUACUCGCAUGGUAACUCUUAGUUCUUGUCUCAUGAGUGAAGAACUUGCUCUGGAUUCUGCAAAUUCCAAGAUGGAACCCGUAAUUGAGUCCCCUCGCGUAAAAAAGCAGCUUCUAUGUUUAUCCCCCGCAAAAAAUCUUCCUAUAACUCUGUUUGGGAGAGCAAGGCUAAGUUCUCAGGAAUCUGAUCAACUACAUGGGAGAAAAGCCAUACACACUCAAUGUGUAUACACCAAAACCUCGCCGAAAUUAGAAAAGUCGAAUCUGGAGGAAGUAGUUGAGUCUUUGCAAGAUGAUACCAGAGAAGAUACAAUGGAGAAGGAAUCUUGUAAAAGCUUUUCUUAUUCUUCUUCUUCAAAGGAGACUUGCAAAGAUCUUAGUGGGGAUUUGAGAAAACUAUACAGAUCAAUGAACGCACCUGUACCUCGGCCAUUACCAUCACUGAUGGAGCUUAUGAACGCUAGGAAACGCUCUCGGAACCACUUGAGCUUCUAG